GAUGCCCACGCUCGGUAGCUUGAUUAGGUUUGAUAGGCGGCCAGCUGGUGGCGAUAGCUGAGGAAUCUACUUCUUAAAGCGGACUGGGAAACACACAAUAGCGACACACACACACGCGUGGGGAGAGUUAAGGAGAACAGACUUCUCUUAUCUGGGUGACUUUCCCGUAAGUCACGGACCGGACACUACUAUGAUGGCAGUCCUGGGUAGCGCCGGUCGCUUGAUUCAAUUUGCCAGGAGCAGCGUGACUCUGAGCGUGAGGAGACGAUCCACUGCUGCCGCUUUGGCCCAGACUGUCACCCCAGAGACUCAGGAAACCAGGAAACCGAAGACAGGCAUCCUGAUGCUAAACAUGGGAGGACCUGAGAAAUUGGAAGACGUACAUGACUUCCUGCUGAGGCUCUUCAUGGACACUGACCUGAUGAAACUCCCAGUACAGAAUAAGCUGGGUCCGUUCAUCGCCAAGCGCCGCACGCCAAAGAUCCAGGAGCAGUACAGCAAGAUCGGAGGCGGCUCGCCCAUCAAACACUGGACCUCCAUGCAGGGCGAGGGCAUGGUGAAGCUGCUGGAUGAGAUGAGCCCCGAGACAGCUCCUCACAAGUUCUACAUCGGUUUCCGGUACGUUAACCCACUGACUGAGGACGCCAUUGAGGAGAUGGAGAAAGACGGAGUGGACCGAGCUGUGGCCUUUACACAGUACCCUCAGUACAGCUGCUCCACCACAGGCAGCAGUCUAAACGCCAUCUACCGUUACUAUAGAAGCAGAGGUGACCGGCCCAAAAUGCGCUGGAGUGUCAUUGACCGUUGGCCCACACACCCUCUGCUGGUGGAGUGUUUUGCAGAACAUAUCAGUAACGAGCUGCUGAAGUUUCCAGAGGAGAAGAGAGACGACGUGGUCAUUCUCUUCUCGGCACAUUCCCUUCCUAUGGCUGUUGUAAACAGAGGUGACCCGUAUCCUCAGGAAGUAGGAGCCACAGUUCAGAGAGUUAUGGAGAGGCUAGGACACUGUAACCCUUACAGACUGGUGUGGCAGUCCAGGGUGGGCCCCAUGGCGUGGCUCGGGCCCCAGACGGACGAGGUCAUCAAAGGUCUUUGUGAAAGGGGGAAGAAGAACCUCCUGCUCGUGCCAAUCGCCUUCACCUCCGAUCACAUCGAGACUUUACACGAGCUGGACAUUGAGUACGGACAGGUGCUGGGAGAGGAGUGUGGUGCAGAAAACCUCAGGAGAGCAGAGUCGUUGAAUGGAAACCCACUUUUUAUGAAGGCUCUGGCUGAACUGGUCCAGGCUCACCUGCGCUCCAACGAGCCGUGCUCCCGUCAGCUGACCCUGCGCUGCCCGCUCUGCACCAACCCCACCUGUGGAGAGACCAAGGCCUUUUUUGCCAACCAGAAACUAACCUAGUAACACGCACAUGCACACACACAUGUACACACACAUCAGGGCUUAGUAGACAAACAGAAGACUGUCUGACAUAAGUAGACUGAAUGGUUGGAGGCAGAUGGUCCAUCCUGACAUCUUAGUUCUAAACACAUUUUUUUAAGGAAAACACGAAAAAGGAAAACAAUUUUGGAGGUCAUAAGUUUGUCUUUUGUUUACAAACACACACUAAAUACACAGUUUAUCGCCAAUUUUUCCCUGAAUGAUCAAAGUGUGUCGAUAGAGUCAAAAUGUGCUAAUCAUCACUAACAUAACUGCAAAUAAGUGGUUGAAGUCAUCUGAUGAAGAUGGUAGGAACAUUUUUUGUCAUUUUUGUCAUUCAUCAUCUGUUUGUUAAUUAUUGGGGCAAUGAAAAGUUUGGACACACCUUCUCAUUCAAACCCUUUUCCUUAUUUUCAUGACUAUUUACAUUGUAGAUUGUCACUGAAGGCAUCACAACUAUGAAUGAA